AUGGCGGAAAGCGACGCGAGGACCCCCGACAGGAGAACUCCGAGGUUCAGCUGGAACCCUGCCUACGAAGCCACAUUCUUCCGAUCACUCUGCGAAUCGAUACAGCUGGGUUAUAAGGAGAACCACAGCUUCAAGUCUGGAGCGUGGGAGAGGGCCGCCAUUGCGCUUCGCGAUAAGCACGCAGCGUACCCGGAGAAGAGCCACUUGAUCAACAAGGCAGACAAUGCGCGCAAGAGAUUCCGGAUGUGGAGAGGGCUGAGGGAAGACCCCGAGUUUCUCUACAACCCUAAUACCCGCAUGGUGAAUGCCAGCGAAGAGGCAUGGCAGAGACAUUUCGAGAGGGAACCGCUUUCCAAAGCACUACGAGGUCGACCUUUCGAUCAUGAGGAGUAUAUGGAGAUAUUGUUUCCGGACGUCAUUGGAUCUGGUGGCGCGCCGAAGCGUGUCAUGAAGAAGCGAAAAGGUCCAGAUGGCACAUCGAUAGCUGGUGACGGAACGCCCACCCAAGGCCAAAAUGUCAUGGACCUGACAUUAGAACCGAGCCUGUAUUCACAGACGCCGACACAUAAUACAACCCAGCAAACUCCACAACAAGCCCCGAGCAACAACUCGCAGCCCAUUGUACACCCCUCACAACACCCCUCACAUCACCCCUCGCAGCAUCCUUCGCAGCAGCCCUCACAUCCCUCGCAUCCUCCGCAUCCAACAUCGGCUGGUAUACCGCCUCAUACUUCGAUAGCUAGCAGUAGUGCUCUGACGCCCCCGGACGAAACGCCGAAUGCCAGCUCGAGGAAGCGAUUUGCUGCAGAGGCAGACAAGAGAAGAGGCCGUCCCUCGAGGUUCUCUUCGAAUAUAUACAACAGUUCCCCCGUCGCUUCAGGGUCAUUUAGUGUACCCGCUGCAUCAGCGGCAAACCAAUCGCGCGCACAGCCUCUACAUCCGUCGUUCAAUUCACCUGCUCUCUUCGAGGAUGGCCUGUACAUGCUUGCCGAAGCUCUCAAAGCCCGCAGUCAGCCCAAGUGGCCGGAGCAAGCUAUGGAAAUUCUUUUCCGGGACUUCUCAGACGAGGAUGCUGAUUUGCAACUCAAGAUUGCCGAGAAAGCACUGACCGACGAGAACAAGGCUAUGAUGUUCGUCAAGGCAACGCCGGAAUUGAGACGGCACUGGGUUGGGAGACUACGAGAAGUCCAUUUACGUGGUCUAGGACUGGGAAGAGUCGGUGAGGAGGCUUCCUGA